CCUCGGCCCGGGCCCUUCCCCGCUCGCCCUGGCGCCCUACUGUGUGCCCGUCCCCCUUCCGGGGCCGCCCGGUUUGGUGAGGACACCUGGACGAGCGGGAAGGCUGCUGGAAAGGUCUUCCCGGAUAGAGGGGACUGCACGUGCAAAGACAGGAGAGGCUUGCGCCUGAGCCCCGCCGGGGAGCCGGUGAGGGCGGACACCCCUCAAACUUGAUUGCCAUUCCGAGGAAGGCUGGAAGCCUCUGAGGGCCCCAACUGGACAGCACCCCCCCCCCGUUUCUGCCCAGCCUGCACUGGCCUGGGGGGACGGUGUCCCCGUGAGUCAGGACACAGGCUCCUGGUGGGUAGUUAGCGCUUGGGCAUGGUUACAACUUUUCAGCACUGUGUCGCUUGUGGGCAAGAGACAGCACUCCACAAAAUCUUGGGGGCGCCUCCAGCUGCUCCACAGGCAAGAACCUUUGCCUUUGAGGCGGCAGGGCUCCAAGCCCGCCUGCACACAGUAGGCCUGGAGAAGGUUCAGUCCCCAGCAAAUCUCUUUCCAGGCCCAAGGCCCUGGAGGGUCUAGGACCCCUGGGCACCUGGGAAGGGAGAAACCGCCCAGACAGGGACCUGACAGCAAGUGGGGGUCCCACAUUUUCAGACAUCUGUGGCCCAGCAGGUGAAGCCUGAGGCCAGGCAGGAAGGAGGUGGGCAGGGCUGAGCCCGAGGAGAAGCCGGGAUCUGGGGAGGGCCCCCUUGUGCCCAGGGAGGGGCCAGGCAGGGCAGGGGUGGCCAAGUCUUACAGAUCCGCCUUGGUGAUGAGUGGAGGAAAGAGUAUCGGGAUGCCCAGGUGGCCUUUGGCUGUCACUGUCUCCUGAACUGUAAUGGGUGCCUCUAGCGCAGGCCUUCCAAAGUCCAGUCUGUAAGCUGCAUCUUCCAGAAGGCCCACCCUGUGGCCUUGAGGACUCUUUGGCUGCAGGGAUCUCUUCGCUGAUCUGGUGACCUCUCCCCCAGCCCUGUGGCUUGCAGGGUGAUAUGGGGGCUUCCUGGGUCCCUGCCCAUCUUGAAACUAACCAAGGGGGGAGGGAGGGAGGAGGUCACCUGGACGCCCCUUCCUGCUGCUUGACCUUGGCAAGCCCUUGGCCUCUCAGUUUCUCCAUCUGCUGUUGGAUGUGAUCGCAGCACCACAGGCCUGGAGGGCAUUUGUGAAGUGGGGGCUGUGUACAGGGUGGGAGCUCAUGGCUGUUGGGCAUGGGCUGUGUGCCUGGCCUCCCUUUCCCCCAACCUCAUCAGGCCUGGGCUGGCCGCCCACUUCCGUUCACCAUGGAGCUGGGUUUCCCUGGGGACCAAUGGACUGGCCCAGCCCAACCCCACCCCACCCCCCAGCCUCUCCUGGCCUCACUCACACUGGGAGGAGGGGUGGAGGCUGGGUGGCCUCUUGGACCCCUGCCCCUUUGCCCUGCCUUCCAGGGCUGGGAAGCCUCCACCCACUGCUGGGCUGGGAGGAAGAAGCAGUGGUUGCCCCUGGAGGAGGUCCUGGUGGCAGCUCCAGCCGGGAUGGCAGCUCCAGAAUCUCUAAGGGCCAUGGGGAGUCCAGCCCCACCUCCCGGGGCACCCUAGGCCUCCCACAGCCUAUCAUCUGUGUAUCUGCCUCCCAUUCAUCUGUGGGCCACUCGCCAUGGGUGGGUGCUUCUCCAAGCCCAAGCCAGUGGAGCUCAAGAUCGAGGUGGUGCUACCUGAGAAGGAGCGGGGCAAGGAGGAGCUGCUGGCCGGCGGGAAGGGCAGCCCCCGGGCCUACCAGGGUAACGGCACAGCCCGCCACUUCCAUGCCGAUGAGCGCCUGCCCGCCCCUCACCCCUAUCCCAGCGCUCAGGACUGUGUGGAGGCCGCCGUCUGCCACGUCAAGGACCUCGAGAAUGGCCAGAUGCGGGAAGUGGAGCUGGGCUGGGGGAAGGUGUUGCUGGUGAAGGACAACGGGGAGUUCCACGCUCUGGGCCACAAGUGUCCGCACUAUGGAGCACCCCUGGUGAAAGGUGUGCUGUCCCGUGGCCGGGUGCGCUGCCCCUGGCAUGGUGCCUGUUUCAACAUCAGCACCGGUGACCUGGAGGACUUCCCUGGCCUCGACAGUCUGCACAAAUUCCAGGUGAAGAUUGAGAAGGAGAAGGUGUACGUCCGGGCCAGCAAGCAGGCCUUGCAGCUACAGCGAAGAACCAAGGUGAUGGCCAAGUGUAUCUCUCCGAGUGCUGGCCACAGCAGCAGCACCAACGUGCUCAUUGUAGGCGCAGGUGCGGCUGGCUUAGUGUGUGCGGAGACCCUGCGGCAGGAGGGGUUCUCAGACAGGAUCGUCUUGUGCACGCUGGACCGGCACCUCCCCUAUGACCGACCUAAGCUCAGCAAGUCCCUGGACGCCCAGCCUGAGCAGCUGGCCCUGAGGCCCAAGGAGUUCUUCCGAGCCUAUGGCAUCGAGGUGCUCACCGAGGCCCAGGUGGUCACAGUGGACGUGAGAAACAAGAAGGUCGUGUUCAAGGAUGGCUUCAAGCUGGAGUACAGCAAGCUGCUGCUCGCACCAGGGAGCAGCCCUAAGACGCUGAGCUGCAAAGGCAAAGAGGUGGAGAAUGUGUUCACCAUCCGGACCCCUGAAGAUGCCAAUCGUGUGGUGAGGCUGGCCCGGGGCCGCAACGCAGUGGUCGUGGGAGCUGGCUUCCUGGGGAUGGAGGUGGCCGCCUAUCUGACCGAAAAGGCCCACUCAGUGUCCGUGGUGGAGCUGGAGGAGACGCCCUUCAGGAGAUUUUUGGGGGAACGUGUUGGGCGUGUCCUCAUGAAGAUGUUUGAGAACAACCGGGUCAAGUUCUACAUGCAGACAGAGGUGUCCGAGCUGCGAGCCCAGGAGGGAAAGCUGAAGGAGGUCGUGCUGAAGAGCAGCAAGGUUGUGCGGGCUGACGUCUGUGUUGUGGGCAUUGGUGCGGUGCCCGCUACGGGCUUCCUGAGGCAGAGCAGCAUCAAUCUGGAUUCCCGAGGCUUCAUCCCUGUCAACAAGAUGAUGCAGACCAACGUCCCAGGCGUGUUUGCAGCUGGUGAUGCUGUCACUUUCCCCCUGGCCUGGAGGAACAAUCGGAAAGUGAAUAUCCCACACUGGCAGAUGGCUCAUGCCCAGGGGCGGGUGGCGGCCCAGAACAUGCUGGCGCAGGAAGCGGAGAUUAGCACCGUGCCCUACCUGUGGACAGCCAUGUUCGGCAAGAGCCUGCGCUACGCGGGGUACGGAGAAGGCUUCGACGACGUCAUUAUCCAGGGGGAUCUGGAAGAGCUCAAGUUCGUGGCUUUUUACACCAAAGGCGAUGAGGUGAUUGCUGUGGCCAGCAUGAAUUACGAUCCUAUUGUCUCCAAGGUAGCUGAGGUGCUAGCCUCCGGCCGUGCCAUCCGAAAGCGGGAGGUGGAGCUGUUUGUGCUGCACAGCAAGACCGGCGACAUGUCCUGGCUCACAGGGAAAGGAUCCUGAGCUCGCAUGCAGCAGACUUGGGCAGGCACGCUUGGGCACCAGGGACAGAGGCCAAGCCCUGGGGGCAGGUGCCAACCUCCAAUUUCCCAGGAUUCCCCAGGGCAGAACCUGAGCCUUCCCAGUGCUUGCCUUCGGUUGCCUGGCUCACCUCCAGAGAGGCUUCUGCUACCUCCAGGAGAUGCUUACCCCCCAAGGCCUCAGCUGCCACUGAUGGCUGGCAAUGGAGGCAGGACAGGCCUAUCCUCUUCUCCCUCUCUUGAGACUGGUCCCCUGCGGGACCCUGCAACAUAUUAGACAUUAUCUUAAAAUUAAAACGCACACAUUUGCA